AUGAAGGGAACACGCCCACCUGAUGAUGACGCAAACGGAGAGGUCGCCGACCAAAACCGAAAGAAGCUGCUUUCUGAGUUUGGUUCGAUCCUGGACGAGUCCCUGAUACUUCUGGUUGCCGACGAGAGAGACAUUGUGGGCGGAUAUGAGGAAAUUCGGCAGGUUCUUAACGUGCUGACCGAAACAGCACGGGAAGAAGCCGCCACUGGUUUUGACCCCUCGGGUCUGAGCAGCGCGUCUGAGAUUGGGGAAUUCUCCCCUGACGACACAGCAACCAGUGGCCAUGGGGUCGAUUCGUCAGCCGAGUGCACCACCACCAUCUCGGAGUUCUCAGACCGCUCCGAGGGCCAAAGACUCACUGAGCAGACAAACCUGAGCGAGGAGCAAAAGAUCCAAGAACUUAAACUGGUUUUCGGAGACGGAUGGGGUGACCACACUAUCCGCUUCAUACUCAAACAAAGUGAAGGCGAUCUCGAGCGCGCGUUUGACGCCCUUCUCGUCCGCCAGUUCCUCAAGGAUGAGGGUUCCCUCCCAAAGGGCGUUGAUGGCUUUUUUGUCUCUGACGAAGAUUGCCCGUCCCCCAAAGGUAGAGGGAGUCGUGCGCGGAAAGGGAAUGCGAAAAACAAAAAGCAAACUGUCACGAUCAAUUACAAUGCGGUGCUGUCUACUGUCGACGACGGGGAGCUCGAGGGCGCAAAGGAUUUUGCCGCCGCGGCGAAGUCCCGGGUGCCAGCCGCACGGCCACGUCUUCCACCUUUUACCGCUCUGCCACUCAAAACGACCUUUGCCCAACAACCAGCAUUGACAUCGGUAUCGCCGGUGACGACCGAUUUCGCCUCCGAGAUGCGCGCCGCCGCCGCCCUUCGAAGGAUGGGCCCUCUUGGUCGCCAAGGGGCCGUAGUCUACACCGAGCGCGCUAGAGAUGGGAGAGCGGCCUUCACAGCCAAUGUCUCGCGGGAGGCUGAGGCGCACGUUGCUCAACAGAGCACGAGCACCAUGCUUGACCUUCAUGGCGUCUUCGUUAUGGACGGAGUUCGCAUCGCCAAGCAGCGGGUGUGGAACUGGUGGAACAACCUCGGCGAGGACCGCAAGACAUUGGCGAAGCGGAACGGCUUCACUGUCGUUACCGGCGUGGGGAAGCACAGCGCCGGGGGGGUCUCGCGCCUGCGCCAGGCGGUUGGGGCGUAUCUCAAGAACGAUGGUUGGAAGAUGGAAACGCUCACUGGGAGCUUCUAUGUCACGGGGAGAGCUUGA